AUGAUGGGUCCUAAGCUCUACCACGCCCUAGCCAUAUGGGCCAUGCUUCUCAGCAUCGUCGUCUCCCAGGCGGCGGCUCCGGGCGCGGCCCCAGCGGUCCCAGCGGUUCCGGUGGCGGCGCCGAAAGGACCGUCGGGCGGCGACGCGGGCAGCGCGGGCAGCGCGGGUGAUGGAGGUAAUGCGGGCCUGGGCCCAUGUUGGCCCUUCAAGCGUCAGGAACCAGAUGGCGAGAACGGGCGCUGGGAUGAAGACGACGAUGACGAGGAAUGCAGAGGGAUCCCCGGCGUGCCGGCUCCCAUCCCAGCUCCCGUCCCAGCUCCCGUCCCAGCCCCCAUCCCAGCCCCAACCACCUCGAGCCCGCCGUUAGUCGCUCCCAGCGCCACCGGAACCUCCAGGCCGGCAACUACGGCGAUUAUAACGUCGUCGAUGCUCACAACGGGUGUCUCGACGGCCAGGCCGUCGAGCGUGUCCACCACGGUCAGGACCAAUGGCACCUCUUCUACCACGGCGAGAUCCGCGACCGCCAUCACGCCGGGCCGCUCCGGCGCCUCGGCCGUCAGGGCCUCGGACUCGACUCUUCUGACGGUCGCUCUGGCUGCAGGCGUUGUGGCCUUGUGCCUGUAUGUGUCGUAG